AUGAGGUUGGAGCUUCCAUGGGUGGCUUUGGAGCGUGGCGGCCCAGAGGCUUCAACUGAGCGGGCGCAAAUGGCCCAGCAGGGCUUUUACGCGUUGCUUCAUGGCGGGCGCUUGGCGGAUGCAGUGCUCGCCUUCAAUCCCCAGACGACGCUCACGGAGGCGCUUCUGAGGCCGCCCGCGGAGAAGCCGGCAGACUUGCAGGACCUGUCGCAGGCCGUCAUUGACUCCGUGAAGGCUGCAGAUGGCAAAGCCCAGAUCACGGUGCCUGCUGCCCAGAACGGCAUGGCCAAGAAAGGCGCCAGGGAUGAUGGAAAUGCGUUCCCUUCCCCAUCGAACCGCGCCCUGAGCGUGCCAUGGCCGCCCAUCGCAGCCAUUUGCGGCACGGGGCACUGGCCACCGCGCCAGCUGCAGCAGCAGUGGCAGAACCUCCCGGAAGGUGUGAAGGAGAGCACCUACAAAACCGUCGAUACCUUCCUUAGCCACACUGGCAGCGAGAAGUCCAACACGCGGGUCCUGUUCAGAAAGUACGCCACAGGCACCGACACAGAGGGCUUGCCUGCGCUCAGCAUCUCGCAAGCCCACGGGCUGGUCGAUGAGCUGAUCGACAAGCUGAAGCUGCCGUCGUCCUUCUUCUAUGAUUUAGAUGUUCAGUUUGGGCAGUUCGAUUUCAAUGGAGAUGGGAUGCUGAAUGCGGCAGAGACCCAAAGACUUGUGAAAGGCGUGCUCAAAGAAAGGAGGGCCGGCUCUGGGCACACCCCGGAAAACGCAGAGGAGCUGGUGCCCUUCAAGACCCUCCAGAAAGGAGGCUUCGUGGUGCUCCGGGAGCUGGGCCGCGGGGGACAGGGGGUGAUGUACCUGGCCAAGAAGGAAGCAGAUGGAGGGUUAUUUGAUUGCCGAGACGAGGAUGACACGGAGUACUGCAUUAAGUUUUACUACAAGAAAGACAGCAAUGCAGGAACUGUGAAUGAACUCGUGGAUGAGUUCUCGCGGAUGAAGGACUUUGACAAUGAGUAUGUGGCAAGGACCUAUGAGACCUUCCAAGACCAGGACUUUUACUACCUGGUGAAUGAGCCCUACUUCGGGGGGGACUGGACAAAGCUGGCCUGCAAGGCCUACGACCGGAGUGUGCACAUGAACGAAGAUUGGUGGCGCCAACUCUUCCGCCAAUGCUUGGAGGGCUUGGACUAUUUGCACAAAAUGGCUCAGAUGCAUUGCGACAUCAAGGAGCCAAACAUCAUGACGAGAUGUGAUGACGACUUCCGGCACCCACGCAUCGUGUACAUCGACUUUGGCUUGUCGCAGCACUUUGCGAGGAAGGCGCACAACAUCUCCGGCACGCCUGGCUACAUCCCGCCUGAGACAUGGCAGGAGCAGGUCUGGUUUCCCAGCGGUGAUAUUUUCAGCUUGGGCGUGGUGUGGUUCCAAAUGCUGGCCGGCCGCGUUCCCACUGGUGACAAGCGCGGCAUUUUCCAGGAAGCCGCGGACUUGCAGCAGAUCGGCCGUGUGACCUGCGAUGCCCCACCCCCGUGGCACCAGUUCCCCGCCCAAUGGCGACAGCUUGGCGGCUUGGUUGCCUCCAUGCUGCAAAAACAGAAGAUUCUGCGACCGCGCGCGGAAGCUCUUUUGAAGGACACAUGGUUUGCCUCCAACUCUGAUGCAUCGCUGCCGCCGGCUAACUUGGCACGAAUGGUGGGCCAGUCAAAGGCGGCUGUUUGCAGGAGUGACUUGGUGAACGAGCUGUGUGCCCUUUGCAACUUGCGCGAGCUGCGUUCCCUGCGCCAGCGACUGGACCAGCUGGCGCGGGAGGGUGGCCCAGCGCCUCCCAAUAUGCCCGUGACAAGUGCCAAGUUCAGGCAAGUGGCCGCGGGGUAUGGCGUCGGGGAGGAGAUCCUCAACAAUUUCAUGGAAAACGUGGCUCAGGGCCCGUAUGUGCAGCAUGCGGAGCUUCUGAAUGAGGUCAUGCAGGAGAAGGAGAAGCGCAGCAAUCAGCUGGUGACGAAUCUCUUCAAUGAGAUGGACAAGGACGGGAACGGGCGCCUGAGCCGCAGCGAGCUCCGGGCCAUGCUCCAGAGCGACGCCUUCGACUGCACCUACGAGGAUGUGGACGAGGUAUUGGACAGCAUGGACUCCAACCAUGAUGGAGAUGUGGAUUUUGACGAAAUGAAGCGUGCCAUCAUGGAGGAUGGCCGCAUCGCCAUGAAGGAUGAGGCUGACCGCGGGGAGCGGCCCCGUUGGGGUUGGCUGGGUCUCGGCUUUUAA